AUGUCGUCGGACAAAAUUGAACUGUACUCAUCUAAAUACUACAUUGCCUGUGCUACUGGUGGGUUCUUGGCUUGUGCUCCCACACAUUCGGGCGUCCUGCCACUUGACCUGGUGAAAUGCAGACUGCAAGUGAAGCCUGGUCUUUACAAAGGAAAUCUAGACGGAAUCAAGUCCAUCAUCAAGACCGAGGGUUUGAGAAAAGUGUUCACGGGUAUUGGGCCAACUUUCAUUGGUUACGGCCUACAAGGAAGUGGCAAAUACGGAUUUUACGAGGUGUUCAAAAAGAAAUAUAGCGAUUUCUUUGGUGUUUCUAAUGCCUACGUGUACAUGCUUGCCUCCGCGUCUGCCGAAUUUCUUGCAGACAUUGCCUUGUGUCCCUUUGAGUCCAUGAAGGUGAAAAUCCAAACUACUCUGCCUCCAAAUCCAGUGGUCGGUUUAUACUCAAACCUGUACUCAGGACUGGUCCCAUUGUGGUUUAGACAAAUCCCUUACACCUGUGUUAAAUUUACUUCUUUUGAAAAGAUCGUCGAACUGAUUUAUGCCAGUUUCCUUACCAAACCUAAGGAACAGUACUCCAAAAUUCAACAAACAGGUGUCUCUUUCGCAGGAGGCUAUGUCGCUGGUAUCUUUUGCGCUCUUGUGUCUCACCCGGCAGAUGUGAUGGUUUCACUGAUUAAUAAUGAGUCAGGAAAGGGCGAGUCAAUGCUGUCCGCAGUCGGUAGAAUAUACAAGCGGAUCGGGUUCAGCGGACUUUGGAAUGGUCUAGGGGCAAGAAUUGUGAUGAUAGGUACCCUGACCGGAUUCCAAUGGUUAAUAUAUGAUUCUUUCAAAGUCUCUGUUGGCCUUCCUACAACAGGCCAUUGAGUAAGCGGUUAUCAUAUCCAUUCAGACCAUUUUUUCCGCUGAAGAUAGAUGAACAUCCCCAACCCUGAGAAAGCCAUCAAAGAUAGUAUAAAUAUGAAUGAAUUAUUCCUUUGUGCUUGAUUGUCUUGUUGGGAUUGUUGUUGGACUUCUCGUAUUUUUUGGAAAGUCCUAUAAUAUUUGUUUGAUUUCUUUUUCGUUGAUACCCCGAGCUCUAUACUAUCAUCGCGCUUCAAGUAGCCUUUAAAACAGGGAGAAAGCAUCUCGAAAGCGUUUUCGGAGUGCGAAACAUCAUAAAAUGGUAUCGUGGCGUCCACACCCGCGCAGUCAAAAAGGACCUCGGAACCACCUGGAUGUUGCUCUAUCAGGCUUGUCACGUCAUAUACUUUGCCAUUUAUGACCAUCCACAAAUCGUCCGGUGACACAUGUGCAGCUACCUCUUCCGCUGUGAACACUCGUCGGCUGCCUGUGCUCAUCACUUGUGAAAUUAUGUCUUAUGCGAUGUGUUGAUCUGCUAGUCAGAUAUUGGUAUCCAGACUCCCUCUUUGUGUUGAUUUAGUCUUCGCCUAAACCUCAGUCACUCUGCGGUUCGUAAGCCGGCCACUAUUACAAUAAGAUUGCUUCUGAAAUGCCGGUAAAGAUUUGCU